AUGUCUGCCUCGUGUUCGGCGCUGAGACGGUUGACCCACAGGUCUCCCCGCACUAUCCAAUUCCAGUCCCGCAUCCUCUCUUCCUCUAGGCUGGGUGCUUCUCUCGAAUCUCGCACUUCCUGGUCAUCCACGCUCAAUUCGACUCCCCGUGUAUCUCGGUUCUCAACCAUGUCGCCUCUUCAGCAUGCUGCUCCUGCCGCUCCGACUGACAAGCCCUAUGAUCCGGAGAUCAAGGAUAUGGCCGAUUAUAUCCACCACUACAAGGUGGAUUCGGAUCUGGCGUAUGACACGGCCCGUCUAGUUUUCCUCGACACCCUGGGCUGUGGUCUGGAGGCCCUCAAGUUCAAGGAAUGCACCAAAUUGCUGGGCCCCACGGUGGAAGGCACUGUGGUCCCUAAUGGCACUCGUGUGCCCGGUACUCCCUAUCAGCUUGAUCCCAUCAACGGAGCUUUUAACAUCGGUGCGAUGAUCCGUUGGCUCGACUACAAUGACUGCUGGCUGGCUGCGGAAUGGGGUCAUCCCUCCGAUAACCUCGGUGGUAUCCUCGCCGUUGCCGACUGGAUCUCUCGCACUAACCGUGCCGGAGGCAACAUUGCUGGCGGCAAGAUCUUCACGGUGAAGGAUGUCCUGGAGGCUAUGAUCAAGGCCCAUGAAAUCCAGGGUGUCUUGGCGUUGGAGAACUCAUACAACAAGGUUGGCCUGGACCAUGUAGUGCUCGUCAAGGUCGCCACCACCGCCGUCGUCUCUAAGAUGCUCGGCCUGAGUGAGAAACAGACCGCUGAUGCCAUCACCCAAGCCUGGGUGGACGGGCAGAGUCUGAGAACUUACCGACAUACACCCAACACCAUGUCCCGGAAGUCCUGGGCCGCAGGUGAUGCCUGCCAGCGUGCCGUCAAUCUUGCCCUGAAGGUGCAGAAGGGCGAGACCGGACUGCACACUGUUCUCUCGGCCCCUGUCUGGGGUUUCUACGAUGUCCUGUUCAAGGGCAACAAGUUCCAGUUCCAGCGUCCUUAUGGCAGCUACGUUAUGGAGAACGUUCUCUUCAAGGUGUCUUAUCCCGCCGAAUUCCACUCGCAGACUGCGAUUGAGGCCGCCCAGAUCAUCAACAAGAAGCUUGCGGCCCUGGGCAAGAGCGCCAAGGAUAUUAAGGAGGUCACCAACCGCACCCACGAGGCCUGCAUCCGCAUCAUUGACAAGCAGUUCAAAGCGAUGGACAACUUCGCCGACCGUGACCAUUGCGUUCAGUACAUGGUGGCCACCAUGUUGGCCUUCAACCGGUUGACUGCCAAUGACUACACCGAUGGCUCGGAGGCUGCCACCUCUCCCCUUGUGGAAACCCUUCGCCAGCGUAUCCGCUGUGUUGAGGAUCCCAAGUACACCACGGAUUACCAUGACCCGUCCAAGCGCACCAUCCCCAACGCGCUAACGGUCACUCUGAACGACGGAACAGUGCUCGAGGAGGUCGCUGUGGAAGCUCCUCUGGGCCACCGCCUGCGCCGUGAGGAGGCCAAGCCGGAGAUUCUGGCCAAAUACAAGCGCCACCUGCAGGCGCAUUUCGACCAGGCGCGCAUUGAUCAGCUGCUUGAGGUGGGUCAGAACCAGUCGGCCCUUGAGAGCUACGAGGUGGACAAGUAUGUCGACCUGUACGUGACCGACAAGAUCGCUACUGCUUAA